AUGGCGAGUCAAGGGAGCAGCAGCAGCCUCAUGCAGAGGCUCAAGCCCUACAUCGCCAUGAUAUCUCUCCAGUUCGGCUAUGCCGGUAUGAACAUCAUCACCAAGAAGUCUCUCAACGGCGGCAUGAGCCACUAUGUCCUCGUCGUCUACCGCCACGCCUUCGCUACCCUCUCCAUCGCCCCCUUCGCCAUCUUCCUCGAGAGGUCCCUAAACUUUCCCCACCUCGAGUGACAUCCUGAAGGCCUCCAUGUAAUGGGUUUCUCUUUCUUAACAGGAAGGUGAGGCCGAAGAUGACCUUCGUGGUCUUCAUGCAGAUCUUCGUCUUAGCGAUGUUAGGGUAAGCACAAUUUCUUCCCCAGAUUCCGUUUCGGUCGAGAUUUAGUGAGGACGAUGGCUUAAAGUUCGUGCGCUUCUCGCAGGCCGGUGAUCGACCAGAACUUCUACUACGCCGGGUUGAAGUUCACCUCCCCAACCUUCUCCUGCGCCAUGAGCAAUAUCCUACCCGCCAUGACGUUCGUCAUGGCUGUCCUCUGCAGGUAGGCGUCAGAAUAAUCUCACAUUGAGAAAAUGGAAUUCAAAUCAUGAGAGAGAAUUUCCUGUGAUGUGAGUAGGAUGGAGAGGUUGGACAUCAAAAGGGUGAGGUGCCAGGCGAAGGUUGCGGGUACUCUGGUGACAGUCGCGGGAGCCAUGCUGAUGACCCUCUACAAGGGACCGAUUGUGGAGAUGGUGUGGUCGAAGAAUGUCCACGAGGCGGCAGCGAGCUCCGCGGCGGAGGUUGCGGCGGCAGACAAGGACUGGGUGAAAGGCUCCAUCUUCCUCAUCAUAGCCACCUUGGCGUGGGCUGCUCUCUUCAUCAUCCAGGUACUCAGAAUAAGGAAGAAAGAGGAAGCCCACCUAGAGAAGGAAAAAGACGGAGUAGCGAGGAUUCCACUAGCCUCAAACGCCUAAACUAGCUUUUGUUCACAAUUGUUAGGCGUUCACCCUGAAAAGGUACUCGGCUCAGUUGUCCCUCACGACGUUGAUAUGCUUCGUGGGCACUCUACAAGCCAUUGCCGUCACCUUCGUCAUGGAACACAAGCCCUCUGCAUGGGUCAUCGGCUUCGACAUGAAUCUUCUAGCCGCUGCUUACGCGGUGAGUCUCUCUCUCUCUUUCUCUCUCUCUCUCUCUCUCUCUCUCAACUUUAACUGUUAAUGAAAAGCAAACUUUAACUGCACGUUGUCGCGCAGGGGAUUGUCACAUCGAGCCUCGCGUACUACGUGCAAGGGCUGGUGAUCCAGAGGAGGGGUCCAGUGUUUGCCUCAGCCUUCAGCCCCCUGAUGAUGAUCAUUGUGGCCAUCAUGGGCUCUUUUAUCCUCGCAGAGAAGAUCUACUUGGGAGGGUAAUUCCUUUAUCAACUUAUCCUCUUCAGCAUUCGGACCAAGACCUAAUCAGAGCGUCUCUGACGUGCAGGAUUCUGGGAGGAGUCCUGAUAGUCGCGGGUCUCUACUCGGUACUGUGGGGAAAAUACAAGGAAAGCCAGGAGAAAGAGCAGAGCCCCAUCCCCUUGGCAACGAAGGGCGCGGAAGCUGAUGCCCAUGACGUCAUGAUGAGCAUUGGAGCAGACGAGGGGAAGCAAGUCCUUGAACUGCCCGUGAAGCCAAUGAAGUAG